AAAGCAUCACGUCUCUGCAUUUUAUCACUUCCCUUCGAUCUUUCGCCCUUUUACACUGGAAUAGAAUCAUCUGUUGCCAGGUUGAUUCUCGGGGCGAAAGAUUCGAAAGAGUGAAAAAAAAAAAAAAGAGAGAGAGAGAGAAGCCCAGAAAGAAAAAGAAAUGAUUGGAAAAAUUGUUGUUUCAGGGAUUUCCCUGAUUCUUGUCGUCGGUGUUGUCAUUGGAGUUAUAGCUGUUGUCAACCGGAGUGAUGGAACGCAAAGUACCAAUGACUUAUCACAAGAAAAGGCUGUUAUCCAAAUGUGCCAACCUACUAAUUACAAGGAGAGCUGCACCAAGGUUCUCAGUUCUGCCAACAGCACAGAUCCUAAGGAGCUAAUCAAGGCAGGCAUUUUAGCAAUCUCGGAUUCUUUGACAAAAUCCAUGAACUUGAGUGAGGAUCUUGUAGGAAAUGCGGGUAGUGAGCCCCGCACGAAACUUUCCCUAGAGGAUUGCAAGACAUUGUUGAAAAAUGCCUCUGAUGAGCUUCAGGAUACUCUUAAAAAGAUGAAUAACAGUGACAUGAAAAGCAUAGCUGAACACGCCGAUGAUUUUCGUAUCUGGUUGAGUUCUAUCAUCUCUUACCAGGAAUUGUGUGUUGAUGGAUUUGAGCAUGACAACAACAUUAAAUCUAAGGUGCAAAACAGUACGAACUAUGGCAAUGAACUAACAGAUAAUGUCCUGACCAUUCUUGGUGGGAUUUCAAACAUCCUACAAGACUUUGGGCUACAGUUUAACCUUCCUGCUAGCCAUUCUCGUCGGCUUCUCGGGGCUGACGGGUACCCAACCUGGUUAUCUGCUGCUGAUCGGAAGCUCUUGGCCGUUGACAACGCUGGCGGUCCCGCACCAAAUGCAGUGGUUGCUUUAGAUGGUACUGGGCAAUUCAAGUCCAUUAGUGAAGCUAUAAACUCAUACGCCAACGCCGGCAAUGGCAGAUAUGUUAUUUAUGUAAAGGCAGGAAUUUAUGACGAGGCCGUAGUGGUGCCAAAGACCCAUUCUAAUAUUCUCAUGUAUGGUGAUGGACCAGAGAAGACCAUUGUCACCGGAAAAAGGAGCUUCAACGGUGGUGUAAACACCUGGAACACUGCUUCCUUUGUGGUUGAAGCACCAGGUUUCAUUGCCAAGAACAUGGGAUUCGAGAACACCGCAGGUCCUGACGGUCAUCAGGCUGUUGCUAUCCGAGUUAACUCUGAUAUGUCAGUGUUCCACAACUGCAAGUUUGAUGGGUAUCAAGAUACAUUGUUGUACCAAGCCGGACGCCAAUUCUACCGCGAUUGUGUCAUUUCCGGCACCAUCGAUUUCAUCUUUGGCUACGGUGCAGCUGUGAUCCAAAACUCCGAGAUCAUUGCCAGGAUGCCUAAUCCCAGCCAAGUGAACACAGUGACAGCAGAUGGCAAGACCGAAAAGGGUCAAAACACUGGACUUGUCAUCCACAAUUGCAAGAUUGUCGCUGAGGCCGCGCUUUUCCCUCAGAGGCUCACUGUGAAGACAUACUUGGGCAGGCCAUGGAAAGAAUUCUCAACGACUGUAGUUAUGGAGUCAGAAUUGGGAGAUUUGAUUCAGCCUGAAGGAUGGUUGGAAUGGGUUGGAAAGCAAUUGUACUAUGCCGAGUAUGCCAAUACUGGACCCGGUGCCAAUACUGCUAAUAGGAUCAAGUGGACGACACUUCAUUUCCUUAACAGUAAUGAAGCUCAACAAUUCACCGCUGGAACAUUUCUUGCUGGUGCUGCUCAAUGGAUCAGAGACGCUGGUGUUCCUUUUUUUCUUGGGUUCCGAUGACAAAUCAAUACAGAGUCAGCAAUAAGUAGGGAGAGAGAACUCAUUAAUAUAGGAGAAGAAAAGAAAAUUUUAUAUUUCUAAGCCUCAAUUGUUUUCUGUUCUCUCAAAUUAACUUCAUUUCUUUCUUUCUCUUAAUUGUAUUGUUUUGUUUUAUUAUAAUUCUUUUUCCUGAUA